ACUUAUCCCGUUGUUUGGCAUUUGCCUCGCUGUCGCCAGGUGGGGGUUUUUAAUUCAUUUUUGUUUUAUUGGGUGCGGGCGCCUCCGAGAAGUCAUGUCAUAACUCAAAGCGAAAAUUGGGUGCAAGAUGUAUCGAUUUGUUUUCGAAGAAGCCGCUGCUCGGGAUAAUCAUAUAAAAAGACAGCCACUGGCCAGAUGCAGUUAUCAGUCAACGUUCGUACUCGACCAGACAGAAAUCAGCCAAAAUGUUCAAGAUUGCUAUGAUCUGCGCCGUUCUGGGACUGGCCCUGGCCAAUCCUCCAGUGUCCCAUGGAGUGGGCCGCUCCGAGGAUGUCCACGCCGAGGUGCAGUCCCGAUCGGACGACAUCCGUGCCGAUGGUUUCGACUCCAGCCUGCAGACCAGCAACGGAAUCCAGCAGGCCGCCAGCGGAGAUGUCCAUGGCAACAUCCACGGAAGCUUCAGCUGGAUCUCCCCGGAGGGCGAGCACGUAGACAUCAAGUAUGUGGCCGAUGAGAACGGAUACCAGCCCCAGGGUGCCUGGAUUCCAACCCCACCCCCAAUCCCGGAGGCCAUCGCCCGCGCCGUCGCCUGGUUGGAGUCCCACCCCCCAGCACCUGAGCCCAGCUACCACCACUAGGACCGCCCCAGGAAACCCACCUCCUACCUGAAAUGUGAAUCGCAAUGUGGACUGUUCUCCGGACACCCUUCGACCUAGUUGUUUAAGAAUUCUGUUUUUCGAAAUACAUGCAAAUUGUUUACGGCAGUAACAA